AGGAAAACAGUCGGAGCAUUUUUCGUCACUGUGCUACAUCUGGUAGUAGUAUCCUCAGCGGCCAUAUGUAAUUUAACCUCAUUCAUUCAUCUUCAGACGCGUUUUGCUUCUCUUUGUUCACAAUAAACUCCGGGUUUUUUUUUUUUUACGGCGAGGAGCUGCGUGUUUCUCUCCGCUCAGCCGUUCUCCAGGACGUUUGUCAGUUUAUGCCGUGGUGACUGUCCGUCGCAGGCUGGGUGGUGACAGCAGCAUAGUACAAUGAUCGAGCGACCAGAGACUGCGGUUCCCAGCAUCGCUCAGCGGAACCUGGAGGGCUAUGUGGGCUUCGCCAAUCUUCCCAACCAGGUGUAUCGGAAGUCGGUCAAAAGAGGUUUUGAGUUCACAUUAAUGGUUGUAGGUGAAUCUGGUCUUGGGAAAUCGACACUCAUCAACUCUCUGUUCCUGACUGACCUGUACUCUAAGGACUACCCUGGGCCGUCCCAGCGCAUCAAGAAGACUGUGCAGGUGGAGCAGUCGAAAGUGCUGAUUAAGGAAGGAGGGGUUCAGCUGACACUCACCAUUGUGGAUACACCAGGUUUUGGAGAUGCAGUGGACAACAGCAACUGCUGGCAGCCAGUCAUAAACUACAUUGACAGUAAGUGUGAGGACUUCCUGAACGCAGAGUCGAGGGUGAACCGCAGAUCCAUGCCGGACAACAGAGUCCACUGCUGCCUGUACUUCAUCGCACCCUCUGGACACGGUCUGAAGCCGCUGGACAUUGAGUUCAUGAAGAGACUCCAUGACAAAGUCAAUGUCAUCCCUCUUAUUGCAAAAGCCGACACUUUGACCCCUGAAGAAUGCCAGCUUUUUAAAAAACAGAUAAUGAAAGAGAUCCAGGAGCACAAAAUCAAAAUUUACGAAUUCCCCGACACAGAGGACGACGAGGACAACAAGCUCAUCCGAAAGAUAAAGGAGAAGAUGCCCCUGGCAGUAGUCGGCAGCAACGUCGUUAUUGAGGUGAACGGCAAGAAGGUCAGAGGUCGCCAGUAUCCAUGGGGCGUGGCAGAAGUGGAGAACGGGGAACACUGCGACUUCACCGUGCUCCGCAACAUGUUGAUCAGGACCCACAUGCAGGAUCUGAAGGAUGUCACCAACAACGUCCACUACGAGAAUUACCGCAGUAAGAAACUCGCUGCCGUCACCUGUAACGGAGUGGACACUUCCAAGACCAAGGGGCAGCUCACUAAGAGUCCCCUGGCACAGAUGGAGGAGGAGCGCAGGGAGCACGUGAUGAAAAUGAAGAAGAUGGAGGCAGAGAUGGAACAAGUCUUUGAAAUGAAGGUUAAGGAGAAGAAGCAGAAACUGAAGGAUUCAGAGGCUGAGCUGGAGCGACGCCAUGAACAGAUGAAACGGAACCUGGAGGCGCAGUACAAAGAGCUGGAGGAGAAGAGACGAGUGUUUGAGGACGAGAAGGCCAACUGGGAGGCUCAGCAGAGAAUCCUCGAGCAGCAGAAACUGGACGCUUCCAAGACAAUGGAAAAGAACAAGAAGAAAGGAAAGAUCUUCUAAAGAGAGACACAACCUGUUCCUUCAGUUUUACACAAACUCAUUUUUCCUCAUCCUCCCUGAAGCUCACAUCUACUGUGGCCCUCAGAGCAACACACACACACACACACACACACACACACACACACACACACACACACACACACACACAUACAUUAAACUUUCAACUCAUUCCAUAACAUUCCCGUGUGUUACAUUUAACUUGCACCACAUGUGACAUGGACACCAUUAUACACACAUUCACACAUGCAGAUGCCCACAGCAGCCCACACGCUUGUCUCUCUCUGCAGGGUUUUACUGUGUUUGUUGAGACUUUUUCAUUUUCUUGAGGAAUGCAUGUGUUUGUGAAAAUCUAUUUUCCUAUAUUUCCUGACAAAGAGGAGAAGCCCGAGUUCCUCUGAGCGUACAGUACUGAGUAAACACAUGGCAGGGACCAUGCAUAGCCAUUUGUACACAUGUAGUCGUCUAUGUUCUCUAGAUAUUGGUAGAUAUGCAGAUAGACAUACUGUCUCCUUCUUCAAUGCUCCUUCUUUUAUUGUUCUCAAAAAUGUACACAAGUGUAAACCUUUAGACACUCGGUCAAAACAACGUCUCGGAGAGUGUGUCAGGAGAAGGGGGAGUGUAUGUGAGUGAAGGUAACUGAACCAGGUGGCAGCUGUGGAGGAUGAAGUCAGGUGGAAUUAAGGCCCGGUCACACAAAAAAAAAAGUGGCUCUUUCUUGGGCCAGGCAAUUAACUGGUAAUUAAUUAAUUAGCAGGCAAUACAUUAGCCAGCCAGGAACAUGCUAGUGCUACUAAAUCACAGUAGCUUGUUGAACUUGUUUAUAUGUUCCCAGUGCUGGGCCCUUCGCUUCACCCUGGCAUUUCAUUCAUUCUACACCAUUUCUUUCAAUAGAGAGUUAAUAAAGGCGAGGAACAAAGACUCUUGAGAAGGAGCUUGCUAAGUAUUAGUUAGUCGAUGGUACAAAUACUACUACUACUAUAAAACACUAUGUUUGCUAACAGAACUUAGCAACUUAGUCCCAUAAGGAAUCAGUUGUCCUGUUAACAAAUGCAUCUUUUAAACGUUUGCUGCCAGAACUUCUUAAAAACAUAUUUGUACCAUCAGCUCCUGUCUCAUAACCAGCUAACGACCAUUCCUUUUUUUUGUGGAGCAGUUUAUACUCUCCCAGAGGACAUUUAAAAAAAAAAAAAAAAAAAGCGUUAACAGGUAAUAAGCUUUGUUAGCUUCCUCCAUGUUGGACUCUCAAAGUCUUUGUCGGUGCACAUUAAUGUGUAAAGGUAAAAAAAUCAAAUAAAAUUAGCUGAAUCAAAAAUGUCCUGUUUUUAAAUGCUGUUGAGACUGGGCCUUUGGAAAGGUUUUUACAGUGCAGUGUCUGAGCAGGUGUGUUUUAUGAAAUGUCUGAGGUCUUAUAUACUGUCUGGUCUGAAGCACGCAGACAGCAGAAAGGAGAUGAGCAUCUUGUCUAACAGCAGCUAGAAUAUUGUCAUUGCAGUGUGUGUUUCCUAUUUGUAUAGAAGAUAUUAUGCAAAAAGCCUCAUUGGUGUCUACAACUUUACAGGUGAUCGUGAUGUAAGUGAUGGGUGUUGUCAUAGACCUGAACCCCAAUGUCCAGAUGUGUGUGACCAAAGGGAGUUAAUCAAAAUAGCUGGUAUAUUCCUUUUUUUUUUUUUUUUUCCUCCCCAGAUUCCCCGCAAAGAUGUUUGGAGAAGUUUUAGAAUAACUUAACUUUAGAAUAUUCCACAACGAGACAUUAACCCUUUGCUUUCCUGUCAAACAGAAAAUGUAAAGUCCAGGUCUGAGCCAAUUCAGUCAGAAAGCGGCAUCCUUUAAUAUGAACUUUCCUCAGAGUUGUCAUGUUUUAUUUUCAUAUGAUGAUGAUGAUGAUGAUGAUAUUAAUAAUACUAUAUGCACGGUUGAAGAGUGACCCCUUCCCUUGUAGUUUUCUUAAUUAACUCAUAGAUUAAUUGUUAUUUUAGUAUAGUUUUUCAGACUGCCUGCAUUUAAAGCAAAGUGCUAAAGGGACAAACCUGAAUCCUUCAGCAUAUUAAAUAUUGCCUGUUUGGAGUUGUUCAAGAUGGAGUUGCGUAUAUUGUGUACAUAGGGGAGGCUGCUCUGUGGCCUUUUGUUCUUCAGUUUUCUUAUUUUUUUUCAGACUAUUCUUCUGCCAGGAGUAACAACAGAACUUGUACUCAGAACAGAACCUAUUAUCAAAACACUCUUCUUAAGAGUCCACGAAUACAUGUCCAUACAUUUAUACACACAUAUAUAUUGUAUACAUCUAUGCCAAUGAGUACACCUUCUCAGGACUAAUCCGUUAUGCCAGAUUUUUCUUUAAGUCCAGAGAAGAGUGAUUCUGUUGUCCUACAAGCUAAAAAAAAAAAAGUGAAUUUUUCUUUCAAGUGCUUGUGAACCACUCACCCUUCCAAUAACACCAAGUUAAGAUUUAAGUUCAGGUGGAUUUUUUGUAAUAUUUUCUUUUUUUAUAUAUAUAUAUGUACACUGUUUUCUGCUUCUCUUCUGUACAUGGUUAAUAAAAUAAAGUUGACAAGGUUAUGCUUUAA